AUGACCAAUACCAUCCGCCAGGCCAAGCCCGACGAGCUGCCUGCCGUCGUCAAGUGCAUCCUCGCCGCCAUCAACAAGGAGCGCCUGUGGACAAACUUUGUCCCAGCCAAGGGCGGCCAGGACGAGAGUUACCUCGCCGAGAUCGAGAACCUCCUCAAGGAGCACCUCGACCCCUCCAACAAGGACUGGGUCAUCGAGGUCGUCGACCUGGCAAAGAAGGGCGCCCCGGCACAGAUCGUCGCCGUCGCCGUGUGGGACAUGUCCGCCGCCUCAGAGGAGGACAAGAAAGCCCAGCAGCCGCAGACGGCCAUCAAGGACGACCGGCUGCGCGCGUACAUCGAGGUCCUGCGCAAGGCCCGCGCCGACGUCUUCAGCCGCUACCCCCAGCACACGUACCUCCAGCUGCUGGCCACGCACCCCGACCACCAGAACCGCGGGUACGGCAAGGACCUGGUGCACUCGUACAUGGCCAAGGCCAAGCAGAAGGGCGGCGUGCUCACCGCGCUCGGCGGGCCCUUUGGCUACAUCUUCUUCUCCGGGCUGGGCUUCCACGACCUCGGCCCCGUCGAGCUGCCGCCCAGCAGCGCCACGGACGCGCAGAUGGUCAAGGCCCUGAGUCUGGUCGUCAACCAGGAGGAGAGGCGGAGGUCCAUUGUCGACUCGCUCAUCAACUACAUCUCUAGCUAG